UUGUCACGAGAAGUGUUCCAAUGUCAGAAUGGAGGAGUAUGCUUCUCGACCAAUGAAGGACCAAAAUGUGACUGUUCUGAUAGCGAUUAUGAGGGCAAGCUGUGCGAUAUAGAAAAAACUGACGCCGAAUUAACAUUCAGUGGAAACGAAUGGAUAGGUUAUGACGUUUCAGCAAACAUAUCUGCUAUUGUAAGAGCCAAAACAGAGAACAUUACCCUUUCGUUCAAAACCGUGCAUGGUACAGCAGUUAUAUUCUUUGCUGGAGAUGAGAAGAGCUUCAUUCAUCUAAUGCUGGAAAAUGGUGCUCUGAUUGCGUCAUCCAAGCUGGAAGGAACAGAUGUACGAAUCAUUAGACUGUUCAACAAGUUUCCUGCGGAACGUUAUGAUGAUGAUACAUGGCACAGUGUGACAUUAGAGAGAACGCUUCAAGUGAUGAAGCUCCGUGUGGAUGAUCAGAAAGACCAAAUUAGGCAGUAUGCUCCUGAAAUGGAUUGGAUAUACAACUCGUUCUUCUAUAUUGGUGGUGUGCCUAAUGAGCAUAAGAGCAUGGGAGUUAAUAAAACACCAUUCCGAGGAUGUAUAAAAAUGAUCCGAUAUAUAGCUGAUUCUAUGAAGAUUAACUUCGUCAGUUUAGCCGAUGAAAGCUAUGGAGAGAGUAUUAUACGAACAGGUGGUGAUUUGUCGUUCUCCUGUAAAAACCCGGCACCUCCUCCUGAUAUUCUCUCUUUCCAUCCUGGAGCAACUCCUUUACUUCUCACAAAAUGGACAAGCGAUGCUAAAGGGGGAAGCAUAUCAUUCCAAUUCCGAUCAACUGAACCAGAUGGUUUGAUCCUUUUGCUUAGCUCAAUGAUAGAUAAUUCGUCGGAGUAUCUAGCAUUUGAGUUAAUUGAUGGACAUCUCUAUAUGAUCAUCGAUUUGGGGGCAGGAUCAAUACGUUUACAAACAACAUUCAAAAGAUUGACCGAUAGCAACUCUUGGAACUCUGUAUACAUGGAAAGAAUACGACGUCAUGGAAAGAUUAUAGUGAAUAGCCAUAAAACUGAUUUUAAUACACCGGGAACGUCUGCCAACCUGGACGUUGUUGAUCCCAUACUGAUAGGAGGCUUACCACAGUCCAACUUUGUGUAUCCAUCUUCGAUUUGGUCAAUCACUUUGAGAAAGUCGUUUGUUGGCUGUAUAAAGAAUGUUAGAAUCAAUGGCAUCAGUGCUAAGAUAGCUUCAGCUUUUGAAAGUGUCAAUUCGACAGGUAUCACCCUAGGUUGCCCUAGCGAAAAAGACAAUUGUUCUCCCAAUCCCUGUCACAAUUACGGAAAAUGCUCUUCUGGAACUUUAUCGUUCAAAUGUGACUGUUCACAGACGACCAUGACUGGAGCAACUUGCAAUACUGAGCCAGUUUUUUAUUCAAUAGAUGGAGAACAAAAAAUGUUAUCUAUAUAUCCUAGAACAGUAUUGUCUGAAGCUGAAGACAUCGAGAUCCGCUUCAAGACGGAACAAUCUCUUGGAUGCCUUAUCGAGACACGUUCUAAUGCUCACCCUGCCAAUUUUUUGGCUGUUUUUCUACUCGACGGGAUGUUGCAUAUUGUAAUUCAAACUAUUUCAUCAAAAACUGUUCAUAUGUGGGGGGAGCCUGUUUCUGAUAGCAAAUGGCAUACGGCUAAAGUUAAAAGAAGAGGAAACAACAUGCUUUUGUAUUUUGAUGGCAAAUGGGGCAGUAGUUAUACGUUAAACUCAUCUUUAGUUGUUGAAGUGGAUGAAGUAGUGGGAGCUCGAUCAUUUAAAUCAGACGAGCGAUUUCAAGCACCUUUCCGAGGGCAUAUCAGUCAAUUAAGCUUUAACAGUGUGGAUUUAUUGAACAAGAUUCGCAAAGAAAGUAAGCCCAACAAGGAAAACAAGGGUUUGCGCAAUAUAAAAUCUAAACUUCUAUCUGUUUCUUUUACUAAUUCUACGGGUUUUAUUUCAUUCAGUGCAGAUAAGAUAUCUUCUUUAACGGGUAAUUUUCGGGUGUCUUUCAAAUUUCAAACUCUUGUUCGUACAUGUCUUUUAUUCGCAUAUUUGCCUGUUAGUUCCAAUGAUUACUUGAUGAUCCAAUUGAUUAAUGCACGAAUUCGAUACUCUUUUCGGUUUGGCAAAAGUGAAGGUAGCAUUCUAUCACCACGUUUACCAAAUAAGCAACAUCUAAGCGAUAUGAGAUGGCAUUCUAUUCUUUUAUAUCAGAAUCAAGACACUCUUGAUCAUGUUAUACUCAUUGAUAAUACCACUUCAACCAUUCAUCUCAACAGCACUGCAGUUAAAAAUGUUUUUGUUAUAUCAGGUCCAGCUGUUUUAGGCGGUGUUCCUCCAUCUCUGGCAAGCCAUACAGCUCUGUCUGCUCAGGGUUUCAGAGGAUGUAUAUCGACUCUGCGGUUGAAUGAUCGUCUGAUUGAUAUACUGGAAGAAGCUCAUGCAAUGCACAGUAUAACUAAAGGAUGUAACGGUCCUAUGUCACGUUGCUCUCCGUUUGCUUGUGCAAACGGUGGCCGAUGUAUUCAGCAAUGGACAAAUAUUUUUUGCGAUUGUACAUUCACUAGUUUUGCUGGAACGAAAUGUAGCGAACCCGCUACAACCUUCUCUUUCAACAGUGAAGUGACAGGUCUCUACUAUGAAUAUCCACCAGGAGAAAUGCCUAGUACAUCUAAAGACUUCAUGGUCAUAGCCUUCAGUACGAAACGACUAUCUGGGGUAUUGUUCUCUGUAGAAUCUUCUGCAGAACCAGAUUUCUUCACUUUGUACCUGGAUGGCGGAAUGCUCCAGCUGAAAUACAACUUAGGCAGUGGAAUGCAGCAUUUCGGAAUUUUCUCCAAAACUGUUAGUGAUGGCAAGCUGCAUACAGUGAAGCUAUUCCGCUUUGAAUAUAACGUCACACUCCAGUUGGAUAAUAGUACUCCAGUGCGCUACACCCCAAAAGAUGGCAUCGAACUCACUACGUUAAAUAUGCAUUGGCGAUUAGUGGUGGGUGCUUCAAUGAAUAGCCUUCACAUCCUGAGGUCAGAGAAGACUAGAUACAUCAGAGAAAGCGGCGAUUUUACUGUCUAUAACUCUUUCAAUGGAGAAAUAUCUGGAGUUAACUUCAACGGAAUAUCCAUUCUAGAUCUGUAUGUUCAAGGAUCUCCACGCGUAUUUGCCAUCGGUCCGGUCAAAAAAAUUCACGAAUCUCCACCUGUUUCAGCAUCAAGCGAAGAAAUUAUGCACGAAGGAAUGGAAAAUUCAGCUGACGCUCUAAUUGAAUCGUUGGGUGCUUCUUGUUUAAGUGUUGAAGAACAUGAUAGCUGUUACGUGGAAACAGAGCAAACAGGUUUCUUCACUCCAGUAAUUCCUUCCGCUGUUACUGCCCCAAGGCGAGCGACAACCAAUUCCCCAACUUCCUCUACAGCUGUUCGUGGUGAGUCUCCUAGAAAGCCUGCAGAUUCGACACGGAAUUCUAUUGUAUCACGACCAUCUAGUAGUUCUUCUGAUUCUAUAAUUUCUUAUUCUACUACUUCUCCACCUUUAACUCCUCCUUCUAUUAUCUAUCUCUCCUCUCUCGAAGGCACAGAAGCAUCCGACUUAGACUCAUCCACCCAUCGAACAACCAUUACUGUCACAACAGCUUCGACAAGCACUACAUCGGCCACUGUAGAAACACCGUCCACCAUUAUGCCUCCGCCUCGAAGUAUUCCUGAUUCUCCUCUGGAUAAAGCAGCUUCUGAUACGCGUCAGCAAGCAACAUCUUCUGUUGGAUCAGAUGCACGAUUACCUGGUCAUCACGCACCAGUCGGUCGUCCGACUUCCACUCGUAGCACAAUUAGCCCUCACGCCAGACGUACCACAGUCUCGCCUCGUUCCACUGUGUUACCUAGGCCAUAUGAGAGUGUUAGUCUAGCUGCAGAGCAGAAUCCUGAAUAUCUAGGCGACAGCAUCUGGGCGGACAUUGACUUACUUCCGGAACCGAUGGUAACCGGCCCUGCUUGGCGUGCUCAUCAGAAUACGAGCUCACGUACCGGGCCGUUAACAACUCAAAUGACAGCUGUUGCAAGUUCCUCAUCAACCACAAUGAUGCCUACAACAGCUCAUCAACGUAGAAAAACGACGAAUAAGCAGAUGACAGCUCCAGCUAGUCCAAUGUCGCCAUUAAAGAGUCUGACGGAAAAAACAACUAGUUCUUUGACCUUUUCAACACUUCUCUCUACAACUACAACACGGCUUGCAAAGCCUAAAACGAGUCCGUCGUUCACAGUUUAUCCAGUGAGACCAACAACGCCUAUGGGCGAAUUGCUCACAACAACAAUGAAGUACAAUACUGGUGAAGCUGGUGAAUUUCCAAGAACAGCUCUUGUUAUGAUCGCCUCCUUAACGGUCGUUCUGCUCAUUGCUAUUGUAGUAUUUUGUGUAUUCCGUUGUCGUCAAAAUCCUCCACCAAAUGAUCAUUAUCCAAUGGCUGUGAACGGAGUCAAAGCACCUUCAGGAUAUACAGCCAUAGCUCCCGAUCUUUCACCACCUUUAGGAGUUGAUCCAUCAACACAACCGUUACUGGGCAGACAACCUCAAGUAAAUGGAAAUGGUUAUCAACCACUCAAAGGAUCAGUUAUGCCGAAUGGAAUGUACGGAAUGAAUGGCAACGGACGUUCCAUAAUGAACGGAAACGGAAAAAACGGUGGAACGAUAAAGAAAAAAGAUUUUAAGGAAUGGUACGUCUGA